AUGCCCUUUACUUUGUGUGUUGGACAGGAUGAUGCACAUAUUUUCUGCAGGGAGUCCCAGGUUAAAGAUGAAGUGAGAAAAGCCUUGGACUUCAUUGAUUAUGUCUAUCAAAUAUUUGGUUUCACAUAUGAACUGAAACUUUCAACGUCUCUGGAUCUACAAGAUGGCUGCCAGAAGAAGAUCAACCUUGAAAAAAUUUCUCCCGUGUUAGAGAGCACAGCUGAUUCUCAUGUUCUUACAGGAAGUGAACCGGGACAUGCAAUGCUAGAUAAAGCUUGUAGUUUGAGAGAGCCUUGUACCUAUGACCAUGGAUUACUUUCUGAUGAGGAAAUUCAUGCCAGUGGGAGUUCAUCAUUUGCCAACAAGUCAGCAAGAAGUUGUUUGGAGAAGCAAUGCUCAUUCCAUGGAGAAUCAGUAUUCCCACGAUCUAUGAUCUGCUUGGUUUGGCAGGAGUUACCUGUGCUUGUCAUUGUCAGCAUGCUUGCUUAUUUCUGUUUCCUUGAGCAGCUUUUGCAAGGAGUGGAUAUCAAUGCAAUCGAUAGAAUUUUGCUUCAAUCUUCAAAGCCAUUUCUUCACACUAAUGUUGAUUGCAAUGCAUUAUUUGCUGCUGUGGUCAGCAGGCAGAUAAAUGUUGUUAAACUCCUUUUGCAGGUUGGUGUAAGACUUGAUAUCAAGGUCAAAUUAGGAGCUUGGUCUUGGGAAACAGAUACAGGAGAAGAAUUCCGUGUUGGUGUCGGACUAGCCGAGCCUUUUCCAAUCACAUGGUGUGCUGUAGAAUAUUUUGAAUCCACUGGCACUAUACUCAACAUGCUUCUCCAUCACCUCUCACCUAAUAGUUUUCACAUGGGAAGAACUCUCUUGCACCACACCAUCAUUUGCAACAAUGAAAGAGCAUUAAAUGUACUUCUGAAUAAUGGGGUUGAUACAGAAUUGGCCCUUCAAACUACUGAAGAAGAAACAAAUCUAUACCCUAUUCACAUGGCUGCACGCCUCGGACUAUGCAACAUUCUUCAAUGUUUGAUUAAUGGGAAUUACGAUGUGAAUGGUUUUGAUGAAAAUGGAUAUACACCAUUGAUGUUAGCUGCCAGAGAAAGUAAUGGAGAAAUGUGUGGCCUUUUGAUAUCUCAUGGAGCAAAAUGUGAUAUUAAGAAUGAAAGACAUGAAACAGCACUUUUACUUGCAAGAGAAAAAAAUUUGAAAGGAAAUGAUGCAGAGAAUGUGAUCAUGGAUGAGUUAGCUAGAAGAGUAGUAUUGUGCGGUGCGCGUGUGAAGAAACAUACAAAAUGUGGUAAAGGACUUUCAUGA